AUAAGCUUAAUUUUUUCUAAUAAAGAUGGGAUUUUCAAUUUAUUUUCUUUGCUAAUAGAAUGAUUAAGAUUUGAUUUUCCGACUGAGAUUUGAUGGGAUAUGUUGGUAAUUGGACACCAUAGAAAAUUUCGACCUAUUAUUUUUAUUAUUAAUCAUAAAGUGAUAAAUAUUAUUUGUAUCACCAAGAAAAGACUCAAAAUUGUAUUGGGAUUGCUCCUCCCUCUGCUUCAAUUGACUUUCUCAUAGGUGGUAGUUGACCAGGGAGAGUGUUUUUCUCUCAAUUCCCAGAUCAAAUCCCACAAAGAAAGAUGAUUUUUGUAGGUGGGUCGGUGGUGGAUCCAUCUGAGACUCGAUCAUCUCCGUCUCAGGCAGGUGAUCUUCUGAUGGCCUUGUGGGAACACCCUGUUCUGGUAUCUUCUUCACAUUCAUUCAAAGCUAUCCCAGAGAGGAAGUUUUCAGUUUCCGAGCAGGCUGGUUCAGAGGGAUCAAGUCAGAGCAAAUGUGUUUACGUGUUCCAGAGAGAGUAUGCAACUGUUGACCCUGAGCUCGUGGAUUUGGUUGGCACCGAUGAAGCAACAACUUGUGUGGGCAUUGUGAUCCGAAACCGAAAAUCUGGAAUGAUCUCUGUUGCCCAUAUGGAUUCUCCCACUGUUGUUGAUGGAGGCCUCACCCAGAUGUUAUCACUUGUUCACAAUCACGGCUUUGAUGCCGAGUUGGAUGUGCAUCUUAUUGGUGGUUUCGACGAUUCCUCACCUAAACAGGCCAGCCAUAAAACUAGAUCAAAAAGGCAGGAAAAAUGGGAUGGUUAUUCCCUUCCUUUGUGCAUCAAAAUUAUUGAUGCUUUGUGGAGAAGCCGAGAAAAUUUUCACAUUCAAACUCUGUGUGUUCUUGGGCACAACACCAGAAGGGAUUCUGAAGGAAAUGGAUACCCCAUUUUCAAUGGGUUCUUGGCAGAAACUUCCACCGGGCGGAUCCUCCCAGCAAGCUUUGACAGAACUACCAGAUGCCCAGAAGAAAUCGUCCGGCGGAUUCGAGUGUCUGUCUCCUACGAGGAUCCCAGUUGGGAUGGCCGGUUACUUGAGACAUAUGAUACUCGGACCGACCAAUUCAAAAUUGCGCCCUGCACCUGGACCAUGCGCCAGUUACAUAUUGCUAUGACACUACAACAUCUUUCUGAUUCAGAAAUUCUCCAGACAUGCUCGACUUCACCUUCUGCAGAGGCCCCGGAUUUCUUGGACAAUAUCAGAAGGUGUUGGGACUACUUGAUUCAUCGACCAGACUGGAGGGAGACCUUUCCCAUGAAGCAGCCUCGCGUAUUCAAGAGGACUGCAGGAGGCUGGGCAAGAUGCACACAGGGUUCUUCCAUAAACCACCCUGCUCGGGUUGAUUACUUGGUAAAUUAAUUUCCAUGGCAGGAAGACAUUAGGGCUAAGUGCAACUGGUUUCAUCGUACACAACAGCUUGAGCAGAGAUGGCACUGAGAUUUGGUUGUUCACUAAUAGGUCUUACUUCUUGGCAUCAACUUUGCCAAGGGAAAAUUCGACUUGUUGGGUCGUUGUACUCGUUAUUCCCACUCCGACUAAGUUAACAUAUUUAAUUGAAAACCUAUUUAAAAAAACUGUUUUUGGGGAAAUGUUUGGAACGGUUUCAAAAAUACGACUAAAAUUUUGAAUUAUUUAAACACAUGUCCCAAAGCAUGCUGAUACAAAAAUCAAAACUUUUACUAAAUCCUGUGAGUUUCAUUCAUGGGGUCCUCAACCUCAAACCACCACCUACACCAAAAGAGAAAACAAAGGCACAAAGGCGCAUAAUGGACAUGGCUAUAAGGUUAUGAGGGUAAGAAUAAAACAGAAUCCAACCAAGAAUGGAGUGGAGAGGUGCUUGGGAAUGUGCGGGAGUGAAGCUCCUCUCUGCUCCAAAACGGGAGGGAUAUGCAACCAAUCUGAUUGGUCCAUUGAAGAUCCGUGGCCAUCCAAAUGCCAAACAUCCGAACCACUAGCAUACAAAAAUCCUCAUCAUCCCAAGCAUGUAUGCGUCCAAAAUAUCAUCCAUGCCUAAAUCUCUUUUAUGUGCCCAUUGUAUGGGGAAGAUUAAUUAAUUUAGCAAAUGAAUGAUUAAUUUAGCAAGCAUGUUAUGUCACAAUAUCUCACUGGAGGAAAGAGGGGCCGAUAGAACAGAAACCAAACUAUCAUACCAUAUUGUUGAGAAAUACCUCAUCUCUUUCUUGAAGGUGAUGAAAUAGUUUAAAGGAAAUGCAAAUACCUAAGCCACUGGCUUCCGCAACUCAUUAGCUCCAUGAGCGAAAUGGCAUCUGUCUCCAAAGGUGCAUGAACCCUUGGCAAAGUUGUCACACAUCUUUGUCUUGAAAUUGUUUGCUGAAGCGGCUGAACCUGUAGGAUUUUUAGCGUGACCUGCGGCAGAGCCAAUGUUGAAGAUGAGUUCCCGUACCAUUGCACUAGCCUGUUUGAUCUGAUCAAAGGUUCCUUCGAGUUCAAUGUUUCGUUGAUUUGGGUCUGAUUCAUGCUCCUUUAUGGAAAGCUUGACACCAGUGAGGCGACAAAUCUGCUUUGAGUUUACCCCACCUUUUCCAAUGAUGGCUCCUGCAAGAGAUGCAUCCACACUGAUCUUGGCAGUAGCUGAUGCACCAAAGCUGGCUGCAGCAGCCAGGCCUGGUGGCGGUGCCUCAAGCCGUCCAGCUAACCUGCCACCCAUUGGUCCCAUUGCUCUGGGAUCUUCAUGGGUUGGGACAAUUGGCCUGCCAAGCUCCAAUUCACCAUGAGCAAAAUGGCAUUUGUCACCAAACUUACAUCCCUCUGGAGUGUUGAAUUUGUUGCAGAUCCGAGUUUUGACAGUAGGAGGGCCAUCAGGAAUUGUUGGUGGGGCCAUGGGAUUUCUCGCAAUGGGAGGCAUAGCAGGAUUUCCACCCAGGUUUGUCAUCUGUGUCACUGCACUAUAGCCACCAGGAACGUAAUGCAGGAAGUGACAUCCCUCACCAAACGGGCAUCCAGAAGUGCUG